GGUCUGCGUUUGGUGGCCGGUUAGGCGAGGUGGCUCAGAGCUCGUGACCCAAUUUCGCAGCUGGUGGUUUCAGCAGCGACGUUGGGCGCCGCGGGGAGAACGGGGCGCGCGGGCGGCGGGCGCGUGUCAAUGCCGUUCGUUGACUCGAAGCAGCGGCGUCGGCGCGGCCUCCGGCUUACAUAACCACCGACAAUGAGCGGCGCUCGCCCACCGCAGCGCCGUGUCGUGUGUGCCGCUGCCGACCCAUGCUACUCACAACAUCACGUACCUACUCUAACUAGGUACCAUGAAUAUCCGACGGAAAAUGGCGAAAUUUGACUGUAACACUGGCACUGGCACAUACGCAUCUAUUCAUUUUGGACACAAUGAAUUAAACACAAAGUUUAAUCACCUGAGCAUUAAAAUAUUUCAAUUUGAUUACGCGUUAAACUUUCACUGUUCCUGACCUAAUUUCUAUGGAUUCUUCCAUGAGAUUCCGUCCGCAAUUGCCCACUACAAAAUAAUAUCCCAGACCAGAAACGGCUGCGGUGUCGCUAAACGAUACUUAAUAAAAAGAAAAAAAAAGAAUGCUGAUUUAUGAACACAUUGUUUUUUGUUUGAGGAGGAUGCACAAUUUUAGCUCUUACAUAAAUUGAAUUUUUACACAUUUUAAUGAAGGGCCAUGCCAUGAAAAAAAAACACGGAAGGUAGACUGUUUUUGCAAGGGCAGACUCUAAGCAACAAAUAGAAAACAAUCGCGAAGACAGGUCUAAAUUUAAUUAAUUUCAGUUGUAUAUCGUUUCAGAUAGCAAUAAAUUUUAGUAUAAAAUAGCUAGUAAUAUAAGUGAGGGAUCUGACAAGCAAAAUUUUAAACAUAAAUAUAUUUUCAGAGUCAUUGAGAUAAAAGGUAAAAACCGACGCGACAGUCAUAAUAGGCGCUUUUGUUUCCUUCUGAUUCGCUGGCUUUACCCCCGAUCUUAAUAAUUAAAAUGUGAAAUACUAAUUAAUUGAAAACGUUCGUAAACAAUAAAACCCUACUUCGUUCUGCCGUGUUUAUUUCAUAAAAAGAUAGUACUGGAAACGAAUCAUCUAUUUGUCCUCAUCUCUUUAAGGAAGGAAGUUGCUGCACUUGCUACGCUAUGAGAGUAAAAGUUAAAUCGUAAAAAGCUUUGUAUUUCCUAGAAAAGUGAGAUGCAGCCUUUAUUAAAGGUCAUUAACUUAGUUUUCCGCUGUCGUAGUAAAAUACUAACAAGGGACCUAUCAGAAUAAAAUGUAACCUCCUAAAGAAAAUACCUAAAAAAUGCAUAAUAGUAGAGCGCUAUAAUGAGACCUUUCUGUACUUGUCAGGGUCGUCCCUACCUAGUGCAGUAGUGUUAGUUUAUAAAUUGAAUGAAAUCCGCCCUACAAUCUAGGUAAGGUCAGCUCGCCUUCCCGUCAAAUUUACGACAGACCAUUAACAUUCACGGAAAGCUAGCAAAUAAGCAUCAUGAAUGCAAGUACAUAUCUAGUACCGAGAUGCUUGAAUGGGUGCUCCUGUGCUUGGAUGGUAUUAGGGCGGGCGGCGCGAAGAGCCGAAAGUGAAAGAUGCGCAGUCGCGGGGCGAGGGGGAGGAGUCCACGCGAGCGGAGCCGCGGCUCGCAGCUAGCGAGCAGAGUGCACUGCCGCAGCCUCACGCAAGCCAAACAAAACUUUAGUUAGUAACCUACUUCCGUACGAGCGCCGUGAGCGCGAUACCCGCUCCGCUCGCGCCGCUCCGCUGCUAGCUUUAGUACUGUGACCGUUUCAGUGUAACGUAUAUACUUGGUUUAUGAACUCUUUGGCUCCGGUUUGGUUGAAUGGACACACAUGUGACCCCUGGACAGGAACUUUUUGCCAAAAUGUUUUACGGAAUAAUGACACUCAGCCGCGGCCCGUGUGACCUUGACAACAUGAGUCUCUUCCAAGACCUAAAACUAAAGAGGCGGAAAGUUGAUUCCCGAUGUAGUAGCGAUGGCGAAUCGGCCGCCGACACCAGCACGUCGUCGCCGGACCCGGGUCCGCCUUCGCCGCGCAUGGCCGACGCCGGCUGCAGCACGCCGCCGCACCCGCCGCCCAUGUUCGACGACGGCAGCUCACCCACGCCCACCCCGGCCUGCCACCCCACCGUCAUUCGCUCAGCGCCGCCAUACUCCGUCAUCAAGUUUGAAGGAGCCGCCAGCUCCAACAAGUCUGACAAUUCGCAUGCCAUUAAACACGUGGUUACGUCGCCCACGCAACACUCCUCCGUGAAGCUGGAGGGCCCGCCGCCGGAGCCUCCGCUCCCGUACAGGCCGCGGGCGCCCGCGCCACCGCCACCCGGCGUGCACUCUCCUCUCGCGCCGGGGCCCUGGCCGCCGGCCGCUUGCAUCAACGGCGUCAAGCCCGAACUUAUCGGUGGACAUUUCCCGCCACAACCGCAGGAGCCCAAGACUGGUGGAGCGCGAGGGCCUGCGCAAUGGAGAGGGGCGCCUGCCGUUAUCAUGGGUGAAUCCGGAGGCGUACGCACAAUGUUUUGGACGCUACCGGCGCCCACUCCCGGGGGUGAGACAUCUGCGACACCGAGUGGGUCGCACACGCCAACACCGCCGACACCAGACCCCACUACAUGCAGUGAGGAAUCUGCGGCUAGGCUGCUUUUGAACCUUGGUGGCGAGUUAAGGCGGCAGCGCGGCCCGCCAUUGAACAUGGAACUGUUAUGGGCAGGAGACGUAUCACAGCUGCCUGCUCACCAACAGCUCCACGCUUUGAACCUAAGUGCGGCGGCAGGCAACACGGCUGGAGCUUCAGGCGCGCCGGCCCCAAGCCCACACUCUAUGCCUCGUCCGGAGCUACGCGCCUACGCGCCUGAAGCUGAACGCGAAGAAGAUGAACAGCCCAUGAUCUGCAUGAUAUGCGAAGACAAAGCAACGGGUUUACAUUACGGAAUUAUCACCUGUGAGGGAUGCAAAGGCUUCUUCAAGAGAACUGUUCAGAAUAGACGCGUGUACACAUGCGUCGCUGAUGGAGGCUGUGAAAUCACAAAGGCACAAAGAAAUCGAUGUCAAUACUGUCGGUUCAAGAAAUGUAUCGAACAGGGCAUGGUUUUACAAGCUGUAAGAGAAGAUCGCAUGCCAGGUGGUCGAAAUAGCGGUGCAGUGUACAAUUUGUACAAAGUAAAAUAUAAAAAGCACAAAAAGGCAAAUAAAGCAGCGACAACAACAAGUCGGGCGUCGCCACCAGAAAAGCCUAAAGAGCCAAUGCCACCUCUCCCACCACAUCUGGUCAACGGCACCAUUCUUAAGACUGCUCUCACCAAUCCUAGCGAGAUGUGUUGCGUUCAGGUUGUCCACCUAAGGGCUCGAUUAGAGAGCGCAGUAUCAUCCUCGCGGGACCGCGCGGUGCCGCUGGAAAGGGCGCUGCACAUGAUCCGCGCCCUCAUCGACUGCGAUGCCAUGGAGGACAUCGCCACCGUGCGCCACCUGCCCGAUCUCCUGCACGACACCUCAGAAAUAGGCGAUAAGCUCUGCAAAAUCGGGGACUCCAUCGUACAUAAGAUGGUCGCGUGGACGAAGAAACUCCCGUUUAUAAUGGAGAUUCCGAUGGAAAUACACUCCAAGCUGCUGAUGGAAAAGUGGCACGAGAUCUCUGUGCUGACGACGGCGGCGUUUCAGGCGAUGCACGGGAAGCACGCGCACGCGCCGCCCUCCUCAGACCACGAGCACGACUUCAUACAAGAGGUGAACGCAAACCUGCGGACGCUGCAGAACUGCCUCACCUCACUGAUGGGGCGCCCCAUCACCCUGGAGCAGCUGCGGCUGGACGUGGGGCUCGUGGUCGAGAAGAUGACGCAGAUCACCUGCGUCUUCCGCCGCAUACAGCUCCGGAUGGAGGAAUACGUCUGCCUCAAAGUCUACAUAUUGUUGAACCAAGAAGUGGAACUGGAAGGCAUUCAGGAGCGAUACGUGCAGGUUUUACGCAGCUAUCUGGAGCACGCAGCUCCCCACCAUCCCGGCAGAUUGCAGGAACUUUUUGCCAGGAUACCUGAGAUCCAAGCAGCGGCGAACCUCCUACUCGAGAGCAAGAUGUUUUAUGUGCCGUUUGUGCUAAACUCGGCAGAGAUCAGAUAGUACGUGUAGUCGCGCCGCGCGUCUUAUGUCACCACCUGUGUUCACUGCCCCGGCACACGAGCUCGGACGAACGUUCCUAGUCGCCCGCCAAGGGGCCCGGCCGGCUCGGCGCGGCCCGGCGCCGCCGCCGAGCGUCCGGCGCGGGCAGCCCUCACCGCGCGAUAGUGAACUCCCAGCGAGCACGGCUACAUUACAUACUCGCGCCCACGAGUCCAUGUGUGUAACGAUGUUUAUUUUAGAGGAAUUAAAACGUCCCAAUUGACAGACUGAUUUUUAUUAAUAGUUCUUAUGUGAUAAGCGCCAGGGACUCGAAUGCGUGUUUUAUACCUACGUGGUAGUGUAUACUAAUUAGUGUAAAUUAGUUUAAUGUUAGUUAAUAUUUAAAACUGACAGACGGAUCGCAUAAUAUAUUAUUUCUGUAAAUAUAGAAUACUUUAUAGCAUAGGUAGAUUGUUUAAGAUGUUGUUUUAGAUAGAUUUGUUUCUUGUACAUGGAAUAUUGCUGUUUUAGUUUGCAUUUUAUAUCGUGUAGGGGUACCUAACCAGUGUAAUGUAAUAAUGAGAAAUUUACCUGUCUAAGACUUGUUGGUAAGUAACGUUAUGUAAGUAGACUGUAAGUACGUACUCUCAGUGUUUACCAAGACUGCUUGUAUACAACUGUACUGUUUAUACACUAACAAACAUAAUGUUCUAUAGUCACAACUUUUGCAUUUUUAUUGCCAAUAUUUCGCAAAGACACGUUUCGUGCAUUAUAAUUGUAUCUAAUGUUUUCUCUUGUCCCUAUUCUGACUUAACCAAUUAAUGUAAGUGUCCGGUGUACAUUGUAGACGAUGUUUUAUUGUAUUUGCUUAUUGCAUUUCUCUAAACAAAGUUAAUUUUACGUGUACCUAUUGUACAGGUGCUUUACACUUUCGUUUGUUACUGUGUUUAGACAAAUUCGAGUUCAAUUCCUCAAUCCCUAAUUGCGAUAAAUAAGUGUGUAGGUAAUAUACAUCACAUAUCUCACUCGAGACAUCCAUCCCACCUUAAGUUCGAAUUUACUAUGCACUUAUACGGAAAUAUCGGUCUACUAAAUUGGUAGAUAUAGUUUCUGUGUCACUGAACCAAAAAAAAAACAGGAUUUACUUAGAAAAAAAUCAUUCCUUCAUAGUCAUUUAUUAGCAACGUAUAGAACUCACAAUGCAAUGGUUCAUUCCCCGCAAAACUUUCUCAUCAUCGUCAUCUUCCGUUCAACUUCCUUUCUGACAUUAUCUCAUAGAACUUCCAUAUUUAUCCCGUACUCAUACAUUAUGUAUAAAAUAAAUAGGUAAAUGAAAUUUAAUUGUAAAACGUUAAUAAUACUACUUUAAAUAAAUAGAAACAAAGAGACUUUCUCACCUUGACACUGUCAGUAUAUCACUGCCUUUCGUUUUAACACUUAUUUGCCGUUAUUGCUAUACAUAAGUAUCCGGUUUCUCGUUAAUGUUUUAGUGUAAUGGACGUUCCAGCAACGGUGAACAGUUACCAAUAGCUUUAGGAAGGCGACGUAUGCCGAUUAUCUUAAGUAAUUACAACCAAAAAGUUCGUUAUAGGGACUUACAUAGAUUCUAGUUUAAAACGGUUAAGCGUUUGUACCACACAUUUUUCGAUGUCGUGGCGAGCGUGUAGCAACUCUGUUACAGGAACGACAUUCUAUAAGGCUCUUAAUCCAAGCACAAGAACGAUUUUUUGGCAAAAUAUUGCCGCUUUUGAAAAGGCAUCUUGUACUGUUCUACACAUACUUAAUGAGCCACGACAUCGUUCUUCCACGUAGCUUACGAUCUCGUCCCGGUAAUGAAGGCGUUAACUCAUAUCCAAUGAACACUUACAAUUUGGAUUAUAAUUUUCUUCUAAGCUGCUCUUGGGCUCUCUAGCUUAAGAGCCAUCCCAUCUCUGCUCUCUCCAACCUUCAGCUUGAAUAUAUGGCAUUCGAUCCUGUCAAUGUUUUUGAACGAAAGUUAUAUGUUCAUGAUGAAAGACCGAUUGAUAGAGGCAGCUUAGCAGAAAUGUGUGUUUCGGCUUAGACUUCAGUUGGCAAAAGUGGAAGCCUGUUCAUACUGCUAGAAGUGCAGCCAUGUUGACUAAAUCGAGCGACACACGACCGUUCCUCGUCAUGUUACCAUUAGAUAAGUGUUAGGUAUUAACGUGUUUUAUAUGUGUAAUUUAAAAUUAGUGAAUACAACCAGUUACAAUACUGCCAUUAAAUGCCUAAAUAUAAAUACCUAGUUUCAAAUUAAUUUUGUUAUAGGUAAUUAAUUUGUAUAUGAUUUAACUUAGUAAAACGGCGUUCGUGAAAUUAUAAGUUAAAUGUGAUAAUUAAACAGUGAUAGAGUAAAUAUUCGGGGUAAAGAGCGCCCCGUGCUCGAGCGGCAAGUCGUGGGGCACGCUAAGGCAACUACUUACCGGUACCACCGGUGUCUACUGCGAACACCGAGAUUAGAAAUUAGUUUAAUAUCAAUGUUAUUACGCUCUUGCAAUAUGCGGGUGACAAAGACAGAGAUACGAGCACCUAUUUCGGUUUUCGGAAGUUCGCGUUUAUAGCCCUAUGCAACUGAGCGGGUAUCUGCGGCCGCUUGACACACUCGCGUCAGACGGAGCUUGAUACCCGCACGUGUGUAGCUUGCUUUAGAGGCCCUCAUCGCAGUCCCGCCGUGGCGUAUCCUCGCCUGUAGGUACUUCAUGUCAAAUAUUCUCCUUAAUUGGGUAACUAUAUUUAUUUAUCUUAAUUAUAAAUUAGUUUUAUAAAACACCAUCUUAACGACGGUGUAACUCUAAAGUCUGAGGUAAAGAUGCCUUUAUAGAUUACAUGUUACGAGGAAAUCAUAAAAAAAACUAAUCACGAAUCGUGCGUCAUUCUACUAACGUGUAAAUGAUUAUGUGUAUGUAGAUAAUAUGACACUUAUUUUGUUAGUAUCGUAGCGUAUACUGUUAUUAAGGUGAAACUAACGGCAUUGUAUGAAAUGGAGAUUAGGACGGUAAGGAUGUUAUUGGCGUUGUACAAAGGAUAGUAUUGAUAGAAAUUAACGAUAAAAUUGGCGCAUUACUGGCGAGUACCUAAUUAGAAUAGUACACGAAGAGCCCCUUGAGGCUGACAUUUCUUGUGUAAAUAAAUACUAUUUUGACAUAAGAUGGCCACUUGCUUUUCGAUGCUGUCCUGAUUAUUUGCUGGACACUGUAAUAAGACUUAAUCGCCUAUUUCUUCAUUCAAACUCGUGUUCUUUUUUCAAAGCAAUCCAGGAUAUUAGAUACAACAAAAUCUCGAAAGUAACGGAACGUAGAACUUGCUCCUGGUUGGUGAUUUGAUUGCGUUUGAGUAAUUUGCAUCCGUACCAGUCGGCUCUUAAAACCAAGUUCAGCCCUGACCACAGACUAUGUGUUGUGUGGUAUGAAGUCGAUUUUAGAGGCUGCUGGAAGUUACGGUCAUAGCGCCGCGCAGUCCGCGCCUGCCCGCGGCUCCGCGUCGGGGCGUCCGCUGGCCGUCCGAUGCGCUCACAAUCAAUUAUUAAUAGUUAAUCUAUGGUACGUAAUGUAUUGUAAAGUACUUUAAGGCUGAGAUGUAAUAUGCGGUAACGGUGCGACGCGAUCGAGCGCCGCCGCGAGCGCGGGCGCCGACGGGUGGACCUAGUUAAUAUUGCGAAAAUAUUUUGACUGAUAUAAUAAUUUAAACGUAAUAAUGUUAAUAUAUUUAUAAGAAUGUAACAAAAAACUUAAUGCAUUUCACACUUUCUUUACAGUCCAUAAGAAAAAUUACAUGUAAGAUAUUGUGACGAAAUAUUUUCACAUUGAUAGUGUAAGGUUUGUUGUGUAAAAUAGCGUUUCGUGUAUUUCGGGUAAAAGAAGGGUUGAAAUUGUGUACAUUAGACAUUGUAUUAAAUAGUACUGAAAAAUGGUGUGUAAAUCAGUAACAGAAUAUAUAUAUUUGGAAACGUUGAAGAGUGAUUGUUGUACAUAUACAAUAUACAUAUAUAGAACUACAUGUCACAGAUGAAUAUUUGAAAUAAGUACAUACACAUUCAUAGAUAUCUGUUCUAAAUGUUUUAUUCAGAUAACAAUAGGUAAUCGUGUUCUGUUAUGGUUAAGUGUCUAAAUAAAAACUAUAAACAAACACGUUUCGCUUGUCUGGUUCAUUCGGUGAUUUUGUAUCUAUCUGUUUCCUCACUUUCUGAAUCGAAGUAUUUUAGAGAUAUAUGGUAUACAAGUAUGUUUAUCUGUACAUGUGUCACGGUUCGCCCAUGGGGCCGCAAUGGUCGCCCGGACACGGGGGCGGUAGUCCGGACUCCGUCGGGCUCCCAAGCCGCCUUGUCCGAGGAGGAACUAUUUGCUAUGUUCUUUAUAAUAGUUGAUUGUGAACGGGUGUGCUGUUGUACUGUACUCUCGUAUUUAUUUGGGCUCGCUCAAUUUCAAGACUUAUCGCUUUCAGACCUAGCAUAUUAUACAUUGUUCGCUUUAAUUUAAGUAUUAUCAAUACGAUAGGGUUCUGUACUUGUAGUAUGUCACUUAGUUGCUGAUCGCUGUACCGUUCUCGUUGGUUCCGGCCGGGCCGGUCUGGCCACGGACCUCAUUAGGCACAGAUCUAACGCCACAAUGGUAUAUAAGGAAUUUUUUUUUCAGACUAACUUUAUUUAACUAGACGCUACAGUCGACCAAAAAAGUCAACUCAAUUUAUUUCGAUUUCUGGCUAUACUAUGCAACAUUGUGUCAAUUGUAUAUCAAUUCUAAAUAUAUAUAUAUACCAUAGCAAUAUGCGUAGCAAAUAGAUAUUUGCUACGCAUAUUGCUAUGGUAAGAAACCACCUCCCCCUUUCUUCGCGGGCGCCAUGUACUAAAUUUAUAUAGCCUUUGUCACUAUCACAAUUCUGACCAAUUAGAGGAUACCUCAUAUGUCAAAAACCGUCCAGCCGUUUGGGCUGUAGUGCGUGCCAAAGAAAUAGGCAUACAUACAUACGUUCGAAGAACAUUACCCUCCUUCUGGUGCAGUCGGGUAAAAAGGAAUUCAAAAUUAAUUCUAUUUCAAGUUUUAAAGGUAGGUAUCGUAAGUAAGUACAAACUUGACAGAUGGUGCUAUAGUUAUCACCGAUUUAAAAUAUCUCAGUACAAGAGUUUAAUUUCUAAUAAAACAAAAAAAAAACAUUGUAUUGGCUUGAAGACAGUUUAUUGAUUGAAGGACUUUAUAAUUAUAGUUUUGGAAUGCCCGCUGUUAGCUAUUUCGUGACGUGCGCGUGUCGCAACCGUGUCGCGCCCGGCCCGGCCCCGUGUGUAUAGUGCACUCAGAAAGUCAUGUACUGCUCUAUAUUGUCUCGUUGAGUGGUGCGCCGGCUGAUAGUCAAAAGAUUGUAAUGGUUUGCCAAGAGAAGUUACCUACAAGUUGUGUUUAGUUAGCGAUGCAUAACGUGUUUGUACUUUAAUUUGUUUUUUAGUUUUACUCUUGGAAAUCAAUGGUUAAUAAAUUAAGAAAAUAAAAUGUAUGUGAAUUAUU